UAUAAGUCAAACAACAGAUAUGAUAAAAAUGUAUAUUGUUGGCUACAUUGAUUACAAUUAUGAAAACUAUGAAGGACAUGUCCUGUGGAACAAGAGACGAAUGGAAAGCGAAUGAGUGAACUGGGAUUGAAUGAACAUCACCAAAUGAUUAUUAUGAGUUACAUGAAAUUUGCAAGAUAUCAGCGUAUUCAGAACCUAAAAGCUAUUGAAUAUGCCUUCAAAGAUGUGUCAGAAUCAAGAUUAUUGGAUGAUACAUAUACAGGUGAUGAAGUGCAAGAAUUACUGCUUGGUCUAUGCAAAGUGGUUCGAGCUGACAUUGAAACAGAACUCAUCAGUUCCACACAUAUGACAGUUCUGCUACUGAAGCAGUUAUUUGAACAAGCUGAGAAAUGGCACCUUAGAUUACAGGCUGAUCUCUCAGAGCUUGAAAAUAGAGAGCAGCUGGAGGUUAUUAAAACUUUAGAGAGCAAUGAAUUUUCAUAUGUUAAACCAGAGAAAAAUCCACCAACACCAACAAAAAUCAAACUUGUUCCAAUGAAUGAAUCAUCUGGAUCUGUCCCUCUGCUUCGUAUGGAGAUUGAAAGGCUGAAGGAUGAAAAUGAAAAGCUCGCCCAGGCUGUCAUGGAAGCAGAAACCAAGGCCAAUUUAUAUCUACAAGAAGCGGACAAGUUGAAGAUGGAACUUGGGUCAGCUCAGAAUGAAAUAUCUACUCUGAAGGAACUCUCGUCAGAUGCUCCUGAGUCAUCACAUCUUGACGAGGUUGAGAACCAGCUGAGCAAUGUAAGAAACUUACUGGCAACCAACCUCGAGUUGUCUGCCUCAAAUCAACAACAACUUGAAUUAGAACUCUCAAGCACCAGAGAGAAAGUAGCUGAAGUCCAAUCUCAGCUCUCGCUUGCAGAACAGGAACUGGAGAGGAAAUUCAGUCAGACAGCUGCAUAUGCUAACAUGAAGAAAAUCCUGAACAAAAAGAAUGAGCAAAUAAAAGAAUUAAGGGGAAGACUGCAGCAUUAUGAACCUAAUGAAAAUAAUGAUGAAUAAGAGGUGCAAUACAUCCCCAUGUGACUGCAGUAUUUUCCAAAAUAUUGUUUAAUUUUCACACAAUGAUCUAGUCAAGUGCACUUAAAUGAUAUACUGUAGAAUACAAGUGAAUCACCAGUACUUAAGUGAUAUUUGAUUCCGUCCUGUGAUGAUUCCUCAUAUUAUAGACUGUAAUUUUAUGAAGACAGUUAAAUUAUUGAUAAAAUAGAAGAAACUGCUAUUUGCCUUAUUUUGUGUACCUUUAUUCACUUGAAGAGCAAGUAACAAAUGACUUGUUAGCGAACACGUAAAUUUGGUAUAAUUUAGUGCAAUUGCUU